CUUCACCGUUCGAAAAAUGCAGUUAUAAUUAGUCGUCCUCACCCUAAAUUUGAAGUCUCUCAUCGCCCAAAACUAUUUGCAAUGUUAAGCCAAAUCUCCGCCGAUCUCUUUCUCUCUCUCUAAAGCCUUUCUUCCCUCUUUGCCUUCUCUCCCACUGGAGAUGGAUGACUUCGAACGGAGGAACCGGGACGAGCACCGGUACUCGGCCGCCGACCACGAUCGUGGCCAUCGACCGUACGACGGCGGCUACCGCAACGAGUUCCGAGCCUACGGCGCAGGCGCCGGAGACCGUAGGCUGGAGAUCGUGAAGGGGAACGUCUUCAGCGCCAACCAGACCUCCUACCACGCCGCCGACCGGGACCGGCAUCACUCGCCGCCGCCGCGGCGCCGGUCUCGGGAUCCGCCGUUCCCGCCGCCCCAACGCAGCGGCUUGUCGUCUGCGGGGUCUAGCGCCUGGUGCUUCACCGACCCGGAGGCGAAGCGGCGGCGGCGGGUAGCCAGCUACAAGGCGUACGCGGUGGAGGGCAAGGUGAAGGCGUCGUUCCGGAAGGGGUUCCGGUGGAUCAAGGUCAAGUGCUCCAAGCUCGUCCACGGUUGGUGAGCGAGGCGGAAGGGAAGGGGAUGGCGCCGCUUUGUGGUGACUUUUAUGGAGUAUUUGUGACUAUGCUAGUGAUCCACGUUGGAAGUACAACCUACGAAAGGAACUACAAGCCCAUCACAGUGUGGAGCCACCAAUGGACAUAGUCUAACAAAUCAUACAUCAAAUCAUGUUAUUUCUUGGAUGCAUGUAUGAAUGAAUGGAUGAAUGUAACUGAAUGAUCAUGGAUAUUUAUGUAUCCCUAUCGAGGGUAGGUAGGGUGAUUCCAUUCAGGGAUUAGUUGGCUAUUAGACGUGAUGGUUAGUGGUUUCCUUCAUUCGUUGUUAGGAGAAAUGUAUCCUCAUUUGGGCUGGUGAGGGAUAUCACUCCAUCUGCUAUUGAUAGUGCGAUAUGGGUUCUCUCCAUUCGCUGUUGGAACAAUGCAUCAUCGCGGGUGAUGUAUGUCUUUAUUAUCUAACUAUUAAAUUUGUGUUGCA